GAGCAAGCUCACGUCCGAUCCCCGCAGCUCAUUCCGCAGAUUGUCAUCAACUAUCGACGGCAUGAUACCACCGGUCUGCAGCCGACGAUGAUGCUUCUAUGGGCAUGCGCGGGUGUUCCAUUAGGGGUGUACAACAUUGUCGAGAACUUCAACAUUGCUUUGCGCGUUCAACCGCAGAUACUGACCUUUCUGAGCUUGAUCACUUGGAUGCAGUGCAAAUAUUAUGGGAACAAGUGGCCGCUCACCAAGUCCCUGGCUGUUGUCACACCGGUGGCUGCCCUCAUGGGAGGUGUCGAGUGUGGCCUAAUAUUUGCACUGAGACGUGCAAGGAGUGACCACAUAGAGUGGCCAAUUACCUUCAUGGCCGUGUUGUCUGCAUGUUUUCUGUGUGCAGGUGUUUUGAGGCAUUAUUGGGACAUCUACAAGGAGAGAACGGUCAGGGGCAUUUCGUUCCUCUUCGUUGGCAUCGAUGCAAUGGGCGACCUUACCUCACUCAUCUCGGUGUUUUUCCAGCCGAGUUUGGACAUCCUGGGAAUGAUUAUAUACGGAUCAGAACUUAUUUUGUGGUUGGGAGUUUUC